UUCCUCCGGAGGUGGUGGGCGGUGGAUCUGGUGCUCCAACGUCUCAGCCGGAAAAGCGUUACCAUGGAAACUGGCGAAGUUGACACACAGCCAACCACUCCCAGCGCGAAGAAAACUCAGCUGAGGCCAAAAUGGAGCAAUGGCCUUGAGGGAAAACUAGCUCUGAUGGCCUCGAUGGUAACACCAUUUGAAGACUUCGCCAUGGCUUCAAACAUGUACUUUAUGGGCGGUGGGUUGAUCUUUAUACCACUGUAUCUAUUUUUCCUGGCUCUGAUUGGCGUGCCAAUGCUUCUAUUGGAGGUGGGAGUUGGACAGUUUUCCGGACGAGGAACAUGGUGCGCCUGGAACAUAGCUCCGCUGUUCAAAGGUAUUGGCUACCUGGUCACCAUCAUCAACGGCCAUGCCGCAAUUACGACAUUCUGGCAUCUGAUGGCCCAGUUCGUCUUUUGUUACGACCUGGCCUACCUUGGACCUGAAAAAGCCUCAGUCUUUGCCCACUGCGAGAAUUUGACAGAAAAUGCUCUGGAGGGAGACUAUGGAGAUAUUUACAUGAAUGUCACGUAUGAUGAAUAUGGAAUGGUCUCCACGCCCCGCUGUGAAGCGAAGACGAUUUUCGCGUAAGUGCUAUGUCCUGGGG